AUGUAUUAUCAUAACAACAGAUCAAUUACCAUAGCAUAUCAUCAAUAUUUGAGGGCAGUUGAUAGCGUUAGAAGUUUGAUACCACUGCUUCAAUCCGAAUCGAAUUGGAUGCUGAAGAUUAGAUCGCCUAAUAAGUACUACCAAAAGCUCUUUGUGCAUCUAAUACAGAGGACCUAUGCGUAUCAGUUCAUACACUACCUACACUCAGAGCGAAUACAAUCUUCACCAGUAUCUCAACCUAACCACUGGCUUCUAGACAUCAAAGCUUGGCAUCCUAUACAAGCUACAUUUUUGAUUGCUAGUUUUGAAAUUGUGCCCAAUUCGACCAGGAUAAACGCGAUAUUUGAGGGUCUCAGAAAGAAAAAUAUGUUUCGUGUGCUGCUACUUAUCAGAACCGUGAAAGGAACAAUGUUUGAUUUGUAUAUCUGGAAACCUGUUACACAAAAUUGCCAAAUAACUUCUGGAAAGUUGAUCAAAAUUGAUAGCUGUGCAUUUGGAAAACUUGACAAGGGUACUCGGCCAGUGUUUGAAAACAGCGAUUUUAAAAAUUGUACAAUUCGUGCAGGGUAUUUUGAAGCCCCCCCAUAUGUUAAGGUGAAAAAACCAUCCCAGAGAGGCAAUUCAAAUGAGAACAGUUUAUCAAAACCAAUUUUACAAGGUUUGGAAGUUCAAUUACUAAAUUUAGUUACUGCACAUCUCGGGUAUAAUGUAAUUUACAUUGAGUCAAAGAUUAUGGGGGAUGUAUGGAAUAAUCUUUCUUCAUUUGGCAAUUUUCAGAGGCUUGAAUCGGUUGAAGUUGAUAUCAUUAUAGGUAGCUACACCAAAACAUAUAACAGAUAUUUAGCAUUCGAUACGACUAAAUUCUACAUCCUAGACUCCUUAAGCUUCUGUGUACCAAACAUUGUGCAGAAAACCAAUAACUAUGAACACUUAAGUCAAUGCUUAGUUGGUAUAUUUUGGGUAACUGUCAUAAUGAGUAUAGUAUUUUGGAUAAGCUCUAUGCUGUUACCUGACAACAAAAAAUUUAGAGAUUAUCUGUUUGUAGCGUUGACCUUUAUGAGGAUUAUGACCAAUGUAGGACAUAAGCAGAAGAUAUAUCACUCAAGCAGCAGAUUGUGUAUGGGCCCUACGUUUGGAAAAAAUCCACAACAAAUAGAGUUAUAUCAAUUAGGAAUGAAAAUACACAAAUUAAUUCUUUGACAAGGUUGUCAAAACCAAACUUUCAAUAUAAUUGGUUACCAUGACGACGAUAUUGGUUUCCAUGACGACGAUUCAAAUCCAUUGUUAUUGUCUACUGAUUUGACUUUUUAAUAUUAUGUCAAAAUAAUUCUAUUUCAACGAAUUAUCAGUAGUAAUUGCACAGGAGCUCUAAAAUUCUAUAUUAAUUUUAGAGAUCGAGUGCAAUUUGCUGCGAUUAUUUCAUGAAUAAAACUGUUCAAAACCAAAAUUUUAUUGUAAUUUAUUUACCUAUGUAAGUACAAAUUAGUACAAUUAAACACACAGUUGUUAUAAAUAUUUUACGGUUGAAAGUCAUCACUUUUAUAAUUUUUAAAAC